CCGGCGAGACUAGUGGCAUGCAUGUAAAGCUAUGAGCAAGGGAGACGAGAUGUGACGACCUUCCAAACACCACGAAUUUAUCCACUUUAUGCUAUUAUAUCUCAUUCCUACAACUAUCCUAACGAUACAGGAUUCUGCAGUUCUUGGGCCUCAUGGAGGAAGGGUUGAGUGCUGGCAUUGAGCCGGCUCUAUUAGCCUCGGUGAAGUCUGCACUUCGCAAAGACCUGAACUUGGAUUUUGUGAAGGAAGUAAAGGUUGAACUGAAAGGCGAACGGACUGAGCCUCGAUUACUGGCCCUAUCAACCUAUCGCUUAUAUACCCUUGUAAAUACUAAGCAAGGAUGCAAAGUGGAAUCCAGCAUUCAUAUUUUAUCGAUCCAAAGCAUAGAAAGUACCAAGCCACUCAUACUAUCCAUAUCUUCUGGCGACAAGCCUCAGCUGAUCAAGGUUGCCCAGCCAAAGGACUGCACAGAGAUCAUUGCUUAUAUAAUUGCUGCACUGAAAUGCUCCUUCCCAUCUGGAAACCCUGAUCGCCUACUGCGCUUGAAGCUGUCGGCAGACUCAGGGGAGGACAGACAGGAGCAAGUUAUGACGCUCGUUAACAACUUGCGGAAUGCCGAAGUUGAUACUGAGACAGGACCAUGUGGCGGUUUCUCAAGAGUGUACGCCUGCAUGUGUGACUACCAUGGUGUGCCGUACCUAGAGGAGGUGGCCUGGGAUGUGGAUACCAUAUAUCUGUCGCACAACACAAAAGAAUUCAACCUGCAGGAUUUCGACCAUCUGGAGCAAAAAGAGCUGGUUCCUGUGGUAUCUGCACUAGAGUAUACUUCAUGGUUUACCAAGCUUGUCUGCAGAUCUUUUAAACUGAGUUCUGAUGUCUGUGACGCAGUGCUGAGAGUGUUGAAAAAAUCCACUUCCAUUGAGGAACUUGUACUAGAUGGAGUCAGUCUUGGGAGGGAUUAUUUUCAAAAAAUGGCCCUGGCUCUUACAUCAAAUCCAAAGUCAGCUUUAAAUGUGAUGGAUUUGUCAAACAACUCAAUGGAAGACAGAGGGCUUAGUCACUUGACAGGGGUUAUUGGCAAACUCCCACAAGGCUUAGCAGCUUUGACUUUGGCAGAGAACAACUUUACCAGCAAAGGUUCACAGUCCCUUGGUCAAGCCCUCAAAGGCAGUAAAUACAUGGAUAGUUCGUUAAAAAGAUUGAACCUUAGCAAGAAUCCACUCAAGUCAGAAGGUGUUCUGGCACUUUCCGACUUUCUAGCCAAUCCGAAUGCUCUGACCCACUUGGACCUGUCAUAUACUGAGUGUGCUCUAGAUGUGCUGUUUGGGGCUUUGAUGAGGGGAUGUGUGCAAAACUUGAUGCAUCUCCACUUAGCAGGCAAUCUGUUCACCACAAAGAAAAAAGAUGCUACAAUCCCUUUACCAUUUCAGCAGUUCAAAGAAGGACAAGGACGAGGGCUGAUAAAGUUUUUCAGCAUGGCCCAAGUCUUGGAAGUUGUGAAUGUCUCAGACUGCAGACUCCCGGCUGAUGCUGUAAGAGCUAUUUUACUUGGUCUGUCGGAGAACUCGGCACUGGUGGAAAUUGAGCUAAACCUGAGCAAGAACGAGCUGCGGAGCUCGGGGGCCGCAGCACUAGCGGAGCACUUGCCCAAAGUCGCAAAUAUCAAGAAAUUAGACAUAAGUGAAAAUGGUCUGGAGAGCGACCUUGUCAAGGUUUUUGAGAGUCUUGGUUCGAACCAGUCCAUCAAGCAACUUUAUGUUGGACAGAACUUUGAGAAAAAAAAUCCCAACGCCACACUCGAGGCACUUGUACAGUUGAUAUCUGAGGAGAACUCGCAUAUAAAUACUCUCUCCAUCGCCGAUUCCCGCCUUAAACAAGACGUCACGCCUUUACUCGAUGCUCUGGGCACCAACGAGACCUUGGUUGAACUGGACAUCAGUGGAAACCAGAUGGGUGACGAGGGGGCGCGUAUUCUGGCAAAGGCACUUCAGCUAAACACUAAACUUAGGAAACUCCACUGGGACAGGAAUGGUACCACUCGUCGCGGGUUUGGAGAUAUCAGCGCUGCGUUGGCAAGUAAUCACGCCCUGCAUUCCUUGCCGACGCCACUGAUAGACGUGUCGCAGUGCAUCAAGAACCACCAGACGCAGGUGGAAAGGCAUCUCAGAGAGAUUGAAAGGUUCUUGUUACGUAACCAAUCGCCGCACAAGAUGGUCACGGAGCAGGCGUACAGAUUGCAGCAGGGCCUAUUAGUCACCUCCAUUCAGCAGCAGGCGGUAGACCGUUUAAUUGUACAGCUUCAAGACAUGGUCAACGGCUUGAGGGGAUGUACGGACCCGGAUGUUGAGGAAAAGGUGUCGAAGGCGAAACGGUACAUCCAGGACGCAGAUAAAAUGAAGCAGUUGCUGCUAAAGUUCCAGCUUUGCACCGAUGAUAGCGAUGUCGAGGCCAAGUUUGCGAAACUUACCGAGGAAUUCUACCACUCUUCUCAAGACAAAAUGAAGCGCAAUCUCGAGCUAUUGCUGGAGUGUGCGCAUGAGGUGUGUCCUUACAUCACGGAACAGGUGGACGUCAAGGCUAGCUUGUCAUCCGUCAGCAACAACAAACAACGGCUGAGUCAGGCGUUCGUGGAGGAAGUCGUACUCGGACAGGCGUCUGCCACCAUUCUCAAUAGACUCAGUGAGGACAAGUUAUCCGCAGCAUCCCUUAUGGCAGACACCAUUAUGGACUUAUUAAUACGACACAUGGAGGCAUGCGCCAUUACUCUGGAUAAGGUUCUAAAAGAACAGCGUAAGAAACAGGUUGGAGCAUUAGACAAGGCCUUAGACACCACUGAUGACAUCAGUGUGGCCGCCAGAAAAGCCAAAAAUCGGCUGAGCUCCACCCAUCAAAUGACAGGAGAAAACACAGAAGAAGUCCCGAAGAGUCACCGACGGCGACCGACCGUUAGCCGAAGCAGGCCGAAACCUGACGAGGGUAUAUCGGAGGCUGUGGAAGUGGACAUCGUGAUUGCCGGAGAACCAGUGACAGUCGAUGGAGGCGUGGCAAAAACACGAGAGGCAAAACCUUCUCCAGUGGCAACCAAAAAGCCAAGGACGUCGUCCACAGACGAGAAACAGGCCACGCCGUCAAGUGAGAAAGAACCUCGGGCAUCAAGGACUCCAUCCCCGAGCGAUAGUAUAGAUUUCGGAGCGGUAGAGACAGGCGACGGUCUACAGCAUCUUGUCAAGGAGCGUGCUCGGCCGGCGAGAGGACGCCGACUACCAACCCGGCCGUCCAACCGACCGCAAGCGACCAAUGGCGAGCAAGCCGAAGACGAACCGGCCGCCAUCGACAACUUCUGGUCCACCGGAAACGAGGAGCUAGCUAAACCCUCCACCACGCCCAGCAAACCUUCCAGCUCGACCCCCAGCAAGCCUACUAGUAAACCUUCCAAACCAGAGGCCGCUGUGCCGAGCAAGACCCCACCCAAACCCGCGCCUAAGCCAAAACCCAAGCCCAGGUCCAGCCCGGAGGACCCGGAUGACGACUCUCCUGAGAGAGACACCAAGGAUUCUAAGAAGCAAGGCUGGAUACCGAAGGGCGGCAUUAACCUUGGCCUUCCUGGCUUCUUUAAGAAAAAGAACCGCGACCGCUCGGGGUCUGGAAACGAAGCUAGUGACAACGGGAGAGCUGCGCAUGCCCAGGCACGGAUAACUUCAUCACUACCUAACUUGGCCGUUGAAGAAAAACACAAAGAAUCCACCACCCCUUCACCGAAGAAAUCCGAGCGGGAAAAGAAAACAUCUCCAACCCCUCCGAGGCCUGCACCAGCUCGGGAUCGAGCAGCUUCCGGACCUGGUCCGAAGCCCGCCGUAAAGCCUCGGGAUCGACUCGCGACCGCGCCACCAGGUCGUCCCCCAGCCCCUCACACACGAGAGAAAAUAGCCCCAGUUCCCAGUUCUAAACCGGCUGGGACGAAGGAACCAGCUAAGGACGAAGAGAGCCAGCAGUCCAAGCCACCAGCGGCAGCAGCCCGUGGCCCGCCCAAGUUCGGGAUUGGGAUGGGUGGUGGUCUGGCAGGAGGGGGUCUGUUGGCGGAGAUGAAGAUGCGCCAGGAACGGACAGGGAGCUUCGGGGAGAAGAAUAAUAAAGUUCCCGACAAGGAGAAGAAAUCUGAGGAAGACGGCCGUCCUCCUCGACCCAGGCUUCCCACCGAGGAACGCGAACCUGACGCAAUCAGCGAAGAAGGCCUGGUGCGCCCAUCCUCCGUCAAGCGCCCGCGAGCCGCCAGCGGUCCCAAGCCAUACGUGAAGCCGCGCGAAAGACCUCGCCGUACAUCACGUGAUGAAGCGGAGGGCGCGAAGGCCGAGGAGGCGCCCGCGAAACCAAAACUCAAGAUUGCCGAGAAACCCGAGGAGCCGGACUUGUGGGUUAAACGAGACGAUCUCCCCAGUCCCAAACGGUCACCUCGUACCUCCUCCCCACCGUCCAAAUCCCCGUUCAGUCCUACUACAGAUUCGGACAAAAAACACCCGCUGUCGGCUAUUAAGCCCAAAGGUAAGAUAGCUGACGCAACUGCACAGCCUGCAAAGGCUGACAGGAAAGAAGCUCACGACCCGGAGCCGCCACCGGAAAAGACUGACGGGACAUCACCGACCGCCGAGGCUUAUGAGAAAAUCACACACGAGGAGAAAAAGCCAAAGGAUGAUGGGAGUUCACCGCCAGCUAAGCACGACGGCACGGCCCAUUUCAAGCACGAAAGCUCGUCCCCAUUGGCUCGCGCGGCAACCUUCCCAAAACCUUGGUCCUCUACAUCAACUGUACCGAGCAGCCGGUCUUUGCCGCGUAAAUUCAGCUCGGAAACGGAAAAGAAUGCGGAGGAUCUGGCCAAACAGGCGAAGAAAGAGGGGGAAGGAAGGCAGGGGGAGACCGGCGAUAAGGCAGAGAAUGGGCUCACGUCGGAUGCCGAUGAAAAACCCUUGCCAACGGAGGAAAAGCUUUCGCAUGUGAAAAGCAGCAAAAUUCCAGACCCCUCCAAGCACGCGUCAGUCCCUGAACCAAUCAACGAUCCGCUUGGCGUGUCAUGUGGCGAUGACGAUAAUGACACAGCCCUAUAGCGCGGUGGAUGCUGGGUAAAUGGAGGCAAUUCUUGCUCUAGGACUUGUACAUUUAGACUUUGAAAGCACUUGUGUUGUAUAAUUUCCAUUGUAUUUUAAACAAUCCCUUCAGUAAAGAAAGGGCUAGGAUUGCCACAAGUUUUGUUAAGUCCAUCUAAAAAUGAUAGGAAAAUAUGAUGCAGUUAAUUUUUUUGUUAUUUUUCAAAUAGUGCGUUCGAUCGACUCACUUCCGGAAAAAAAAGCAGAAAAUGAAAUAGCCAAAAAUACCGUUCGAUUAAAUUCAGGAAAACUUGAAAAAAUAACAAACGAAGUAAGCACCAACGGCAAAAAGAUGACGGAUGAAGUUUCGAAGCUCAGUCUAAACGUGUUUCAAUAAAUCAUCUUCUAAAUCAACUUUAUCAUCACAUAAUGUUUUCUUCAUUUAUAACUGCAUCCAGAACAACCACAUCCUUCGCUGCCUGGAAAAAAAUUGUUUUUCCCGAAAUCGAGUCAAUCGAAAUUGUCUUUUUUUCCAAAAUCGAGUCAAUCGGAAUUGUCAAAAGCUCGCCUCGGGAAGUGUAUGGGUUGCUCGUAGUUAUUCUCCUAUUAUUUCUAAAAGGGCUUGGCUUUAUUGUUCUCGUUUUGGUAUUCGUGUUUAAAUUUAAGACAGCUCCGUAAAACGGAUUAGGUUUUUUUAAAAUUAAAGGCACAUUAUAAUCGGGUUAUACUUGCAUUUGAGAUUUCACAAGGAUCGCAAAAACAAAAACGUGAAUUUACACGACGGGCCUAUUGUUAUAAUGACCGUUGACGUGCAUCUGGUCACGUGCUUGAUGCUACUUACGUUGAAUUGUUCACGUGCUUGAUGCUACUUACGUUGAAUUGUUCACGUGCAAGUGUAUAUUGUUCACGUUCAAGUUCCUUUUGUUCACGUGCAAAUGCCUAUUGCUCACGUGAAAAUGGUUAUUGUCCAUGCGCAAAUGCCGAUUGUAUGCAUAGAAGUACCUUUGUUCACGCGUUAGUGUAGACUGUUCACGUGCAAGGGCAAUUUGUUCACGUGUUAGUGUAGAUUGUACACGUGUACGUGUCGAUUAUUCAUUUGGAAGUGUCGAUUGUUCAAGUGAAUUUGCCUAUUGUCAUGUACACAUAUACGUAGCGAAGCCUGCUUCUGUUGAAGUGACUUCCACUGACUUCACUACACGCUUAUUAUCUUCCUCACAAUGCCAUGUGACCCAACUCUUCGUCACAAUGCCAAAGAGUUGGGUUAGUUAGGUCUAUUUUCGCUAGUGAUGGAAGUGGAGAUGUAAGGAACUAACGCGCGUUUAAAAUCACACAAUAUCAGCGAAGUAAGUGAAAAGCAGUACGAUAAAGUACCGAAAAUGUUUCCCCUGUUUUUUUCUCUUUUUCUCCCUUGCAUGGUUCCGGACAGUGUUUUCUUCACGCGGAUAAUGUCUUACAUCUCCGCUAGUAAAAAACUGGCUUAGGUGCUAGAUAGAUAUAUUGCUGUAGAUUUUUAUAUAAGUCUUAGCUAAUAGUGUAAACAAAGUGGCUAGUUAUUUGCGUUAUACUGCAAUAAAUUUAUAUUAUUUUCA